AUGGCUGGGCUUGAUGAAGGGCUGAUGGAUGUGGCUACCGGUUUGUCUUCUUCGGAUCUUCUUGGUGAUGUUCCUGACGAAGAUGUGAAUCUGUUGUUAGGUGAGCUGUACAUCUCCGAACGUCAGGAGCAGCCGGAACUAGAGGAACGGACCAUCAAGUUUCCUUCGUUGGCUUCGGAACUCGUAAAAACUUUGGAGACUGCUGAUCUGAGGACCUGGAAACGUCUAGUGGAACUAUGUAGUGUUGUGAAAAACGACCAUUGUGAAGCAAGGAUUGGUGGCGUUACUCUGAACAUUGUGGAUUUGGGACCAAGUGAGGAAGUGGAGAGAAUCCCUUGUACCCCUGCAGUUGUUGAUGAGAUGGCUGGUACUUCAAGAAAUGAAACUGGGGCAAUCGUUGGUCUUGGAGAUGAGGAGAUUCUUCAGUUUAAUUUGGGACUGGAUUUAAAUGAAGGCGACCGCCCAUUUCGUAUAUUUCUGGUUCCGUCCCCCCGGUUUCUUGCUGACGAAUGCUUCUUAAUGGACAUCUUGUGCCACAGGGUAUAUGAUUUUGAUCAACGUGUGAAAGAAGGAAGGAGUUUGAUCAAGGGCAGGGAAAUCUCGAAGGCCUGCCUAACCGGCUGUUUAGCCAUUAGCUUCUGCAGAACCGCGGUUGUCUGCAGAACCGCGGUUCUGUCUGCAGAUGGCGCCAAGAAAGUUUAA